AUGGCGGACGAAGCAAGCUCGUCAGCGCCCACCGAGGCCGUGGCAAACCUUCAUCUUGACGAAGUCACUGGUGAAAAGGUUUCCAAGUCCGAAUUGAAGAAGCGCCAGAAGCAAAGACAGAAGGAGGAGGAAAAGAAGAAGAAGGAGGCUGCAGCUCCACCCAAGCCUGUCGCAGCAAAGAAGUCGAAUGCAGAGGCCGAUGAGAAAGAGUUGAAUCCAAAUCAAUAUUUCGAGAUUCGAUCCCGCAACAUCAACAAGCUCCGCCAAACCAAGAACCCAAACCCAUACCCACACAAGUUCCAUGUUAACUAUGACAUCCGAAAUUUCGUCAAGGAAUACGGUUCUCUCAAGUCGGGCGAACACAAGAAGGAUGUCGAGGUCAGAAUUGGUGCCAGAAUUUACAACAAGCGCGCGUCAGGAAACAAGUUGGUCUUCUAUGAUGUACGCACUGAGGGUACCAAGGUCCAGGUGAUGUGCCAAAUGCAAGAAGCAAAGUCAGAUGGUGUACCAUUCGAGGAGCAACACGAGCAUCUUCGUCGAGGAGACAUUAUUGGCAUAGUGGGCUAUCCAGGACGAACCGCACCUAAGAACAAGAUUGAGAAGGGCGAGGAGGGAGAACUUUCCAUCUUUGCGACGGAAAUCAUUCUCCUGACUCCUUGCUUACACCAACUUCCAGAUGAGUACUAUGGGUUCAAGGAUCAAGAGCAGAGACAUCGUAAGCGUUAUUUGGAUUUGAUCAUGAACGAGCCAACCCGAAACGUCUUUGUUACCCGGUCCAAGAUGGUCAGCUAUAUCCGCCGAUACUUCGAUGAGCAAGAUUUCGUCGAGGUCGAGACCCCAAUGAUGAACCCAAUUGCUGGAGGAGCAACUGCCAAGCCCUUCGUUACUCACCACAAUGACCUGAAUAUGGACAUGUUCAUGCGUGUUGCACCCGAAUUAUACCUCAAGAUGCUGGUGGUCGGUGGUCUGAACCGUGUCUACGAGAUGGGACGUCAAUUCCGAAACGAAGGCAUUGAUCUUACCCACAACCCCGAAUUCACAACCUGUGAGUUCUAUAUGGCAUAUGCUGAUGUCUACGAUAUCAUGGACAUGACCGAAGAGCUCGUGUCUGGUCUCGUCAAGCACGUCACUGGCGGCACUGUCACCAAGUUCCACACGCAGCACGGCGAAGAAUAUGAAGUCAACUGGGCUGCCCCAUGGCGACGAGUCGAAAUGAUCCCUGCUCUCGAAGAAGCAACCGGCGAGAAGUUUCCCCCAGGAGACCAACUGCAUACCCAAGAGACAAACGAAUUCUUCAAGCGUGUCCUCAAGAAGAUGAAGGUCGAGUGCUCACCACCUCUCACCAAUGCCCGCAUGCUCGAUAAGCUAGUGGGUGAAUUCAUCGAAGAGACCUGCGUCAACCCCACCUUCAUUACAGGCCACCCUCAAAUGAUGUCUCCCCUCGCCAAGUAUCACCGCUCCAACCCCGGUCUCUGCGAACGAUUCGAGGCUUUUGUUUGUAAGAAGGAAAUCGUCAACGCCUACACGGAGUUGAAUGACCCCUUCGACCAAAGACUUCGUUUCGAGGAGCAGGCUAGACAGAAGGACCAAGGUGACGACGAGGCCCAGAUGAUCGACGAGAAUUUCUGCCAGUCGCUAGAGUUCGGUUUACCGCCGACGGGAGGCUGGGGAAUGGGUAUUGAUCGUCUGGUUAUGUUCUUGACGGAUAACUACAGUAUCAAGGAGGUGUUGGCGUUCCCGUUCAUGAAGGAAGAUGUCAGUAUGAAGAAGGAUAAGUUGGCGGCGGAAGAAGUAGGGAUCAAGCCUCUAGAAGAAGAGGGUAUUCGUGCGUCCCCAUUCUCCUUUUCUCUUUUGACACUUGGGUUGGGGGUGGGUGUUAUUACUCUCGGGAGCUUUUGGCUAACUCGUGCGAUUGUAGCUCAUAAGUAGACGUCUGAGAUGAAAGGUUGAGUCGAUAGGAGAUAAAGCAGGCGUUACUUGAUACCAUAUCUUGUCAAGCACUGCGAUGAAUAGAUGAAAUGAAAAAAAAAUGAAAAAAAAGUGUUA